UAUAUUUUGCAAUGCUGGGUAGGAUUGCACUAAUCGUUAGCAUCUUCUAUGUGGUCCUCAAUAUUAUUCUCCUGCGCUGGGCUACUCGAAAGCUACCGUUCACAUUUUUUUACGAUGAGGAGUACUUUAAUACAACAUUGUCAAAGCUACUAAGGCCGCGAUAUGUGGGCAGUCCAGGACAUUCCGAGGUUCAUGACUUUAUCGAGCAUGAGCUGAAUCAUUUGGGCUUUAGCGUCAUAAGGGAAGACUUCCAAGAAGGGGGAAAUUUUACAAAUUUGUCAGGUUUUAUGAAUAGGGAUGCAGAUAAUCUUAUGAUGCUAACCUGCCACUACGAUAGCAAAAUGCCCAAGGAUUGGAAUAAGAAGGAUUUCCUUUCAGCCACCGAAGCGGUUUCCUGUGCCAUCCUCCUAAGUUUAGCAAAAACCAUGGGAAUGUUCUUUAUAAAAACGUUUUCCGAAAACAUAGACAUGGGCUUGGCUCUGAUCUUCUUUGACGGCCAUUAUUCAUUGUCUGCGGAUCCCCUGGAUGAAAUUCGAUUCAUUGGCGCAAAAGAAUUCAUGGAAUCGGAAAUUAUACCUUUAGAAAAUAUGGUUGUUGCAGUUACUCUUAGCUAUAUUGGAGCGCCUAAUCAAACUUUUGCGAGUUACUUUGAAGUUACCAAUGACCUGCAUAAUCUGGCUGCUGACAUAGAACUGGAACUAAGAAAAUCCGGACAACUGACGAAUUCUCAUGUGUUGUUCAAGAAGAAAAAACAAUACGACAAAGAUCUUCUAGACGAUCAUAGUCUAUUAAAUGAACUUGGUGUACCAGUCAUGCAUGUAGCUCCACAAGAAUAUCCGAAGGUUCUGCACACUGCCGCUGAUAACACCGAAAAUUUACAUUGGCCUACUAUUCGCAAUAUGAUACAAAUAUUGGUCCGAUUUGUGCAUGAUUUCCUGGAAACAUGGGCCACCAAUGUGAAUUUAAAGAAUGUUUUUGUUUCAGAUUCUCUUGAAGAUUAAAAGGCAUAAGCACAUUUUAAA